UCUAGAGCUGGCAGGCAGGCUGGCAAAUCCAGGUCCCCGGACCCUGAUGUGGGCAGGGGGUCCUCCACCGACCUAAGUCCCUCCAGGUGGUCCCCACCUCCCUCCUGGGAUCCCGGUUCCCUGUCCUGGCAAGUGCCGCCUUCCCCUCUUCCCAACCACCAGGCAGGCAGGAAUCCGCUCUCCUGUUCCAUCUUUCCAAGGGGGUCUUGUUUUUCUUCCUCUGACCCUCCUCCUCUGAAUUCCCACCACAGUAACUUCUUCAGAAUGAGCUGGCCACCUUCUCUUCAAAUGCAGACUUGUGGGCCUUGGGAAAUGAAAGAACGACUUGGAACUGGGGGAUUUGGGAACGUCAUCCGGUGGCACAAUGAGGAGACCGGAGAGCAGAUCGCCAUCAAACAAUGUCGGCAGGAGCUGAGUCUUCGGAAUAGAGAGAGGUGGUGCCUAGAAAUACAGAUCAUGAGAAGACUCAACCAUCCCAACGUAGUGGCUGCCCGGGAUGUCCCUGAAGGGAUGCAGAAGCUGGCACCCAAUGACCUUCCCCUGCUGGCUAUGGAAUAUUGCCAGGGUGGAGACCUCAGAAAGUACCUGAACCAGUUUGAGAACUGCUGUGGCCUUCGGGAAGAAGCCGUCCUCACUCUGCUUUCUGACAUUGCCUCAGCACUCAGAUACCUUCAUGAAAACCGAAUCAUCCAUCGGGACCUGAAGCCAGAAAACAUUGUCCUGCAACAAGGAGAGAAAAGGUUAAUACACAAGAUCAUUGACCUAGGAUAUGCUAAAGAGCUAGAUCAAAGCAGUCUUUGCACUUCCUUUGUGGGGACGCUGCAGUACCUGGCUCCAGAGCUGUUGGAACAACAGAAGUACACAGUCACGGUGGACUACUGGAGCUUUGGGACCCUGGCCUUUGAGUGUAUCACAGGGUUCAGGCCAUUCCUCCCCAACUGGCAACCUGUGCAAUGGCAUUCAAAAGUCCGACAGAAGAGUGAACUAGAUAUCGUUGUUAGUGAAGACCUGGCUGGAGGAGUGAAAUUCUCAAGCAGUUUACCAUACCCUAAUAACCUUAACAGUAUUCUAGUACAGCAACUAGAAAAGUGGCUGCAGUUGAUGUUAAUGUGGCAACCCCGGCAGAGGGGCACAGACCCUACUUAUGGCCCAAAUGGCUGUUUCAAAGCACUGGACGACAUCCUGAACCUAAAGCUGGUUCACAUCUUGAAUAUGGUAACUGGCACAGUGCAUACCUAUCCCAUAAAGGAGAAAGAAAGCCUGCAGAGCUUAAAGGCCAGGAUCCAGGCAGACACGGGCAUCCUGGAGGAGGACCAGGAGCUGCUCCAGGAGGCCGGCCUAGCACUGUUCUCCGACAAACCAGCCACGCAGUGUAUUGUGGAUGGCAAGCUAAAUGAUGACCGAAUAUUGGACAUGGAUCUCAUUUUUCUCUUUGACAACAGAAAAAUCACUUACGAGACUCAGAUCUCCCCAAGGCCCCCACCAGAAAGUGUCAACUGUAUUCUUCAAGAGCCCAAGCGGAAUCUCCCUUUCUUACAGCUGAGGAAAGUGUGGGGUCAGGUGUGGCACACAAUCCGGACCUUGAAGGAAGACUGUAGCCAGCUGCAGCAAGGCCAGAGAGCGGCUAUGAUGAACCUCCUUCGAAAUAACAGCAGCCUCUCCAAGAUGAAGAACUUAAUGGCGUCCAUGUCUCAGCAGCUCAAGGCUAAGCUGGAUUUCUUUAAAACCAGCAUCCAGAUUGACCUGGAGAAAUACAGUGAGCAGACCGAGUUCGGGAUCACCUCAGAUAAAUUGCUGCUGGCCUGGCGGGAGAUGGAGCAGGCUGUGGAGUGCUGCGGGCGGGAGACAGAUGUUAAACUUCUGGUGGAACAGAUGAUGGCACUGCAGACGGACAUUGUGGACCUACAGAGGAGCCCAAUGAGUCGGAAACAAGGGGGAACCUUGGACGAUCUAGAAGAACAAGCAAGAGAGCUUUAUCGGCGAUUAAGGGAAAAACCAAGAGACCAGAGAACUGAUGGUGACAGUCAAGAAAUGGUUCGUCUACUCCUUCAGGCCAUCCAGAGCUUUGAGAAGAAAGUACGAGCCAUUUAUAUGCAGCUCAGUAAAACUAUGGUUUGCAAGCAGAAGGCUUUGGAAUUGUUACCUCAAGUGGAAGAAGUGGUGAACUUAAUGAAUGAAGAUGAGAAGACAGUCGUGCAGCUUCAGGAGAAAAGACAGAAAGAACUGUGGAAUCUCCUGAAGAUCGCUUGUAGCAAGGUCCGAGGCCCAGUGAGUGGGAGUCCAGAUAGCAUGAAUGCAUCUCGUCUUAGUAACUCUCCCCAGUUAUCUCAACCUCCUACAACUCCCUACAGCUUACCUGAGUCGAUCAAGAAAAGUGAAGAUUUGGUGAUGGAAACCCAGGCCCUCUGCACUCAGUUACAAAAUGUAAUGGAGGACAUCAUGAAAAAGGAGGAUCAGAAUUUUAUGACCCUGGACUGGACCUGGUUACAUUCUGAGGAUGGAGAACAGAAUGGCGUGGAGCAGACACAGAUCUGAACCUUUAGGGCUGCUGUGAUGCUGCUGAGGGAGGCAUCUCAGGGGGCUUUUCUGACACCCCCCCCCCCGUGUAAUGAUGACCUCCUGAGCCAAGAGUGUUGUCUGGAUGGGGAGCUCACUCCCUCCUGCAAUGGUGACACAGUUUAAACUGAAGUUGUGGGCCCCAGUGGUCACACUUUGAACUGGGCAGGAGAGCUGAAAGAUCCUCAUGAAGGAGGUGAACCUUCCCUGAUGCCAGGCUACGGAUUUUCCAGCACAUAGGGCCACAACGGAUCCUGUCUGUGCCCUAAGAAAGCGCUCCCCAGCAUGAGUGCCUCUACAGACCACCCAGGAUAGGCUUGGCUGCCUUCGGAGUUAGUGCAGCCUUUCUGGACAUCCUAUAUGAGCGUUAAUCUUUUCUUGACAUCUUGGAGAUUGUCUGCCCUAGCCCUACCUGUUACACACACACACACACACACACACACACACACACACACACACGUCCAGGGAUAUGCCGGAGCCAGCUCUAACUAGCUUGUGAGAAAUUGUUAUAUUUUCUUUCUUUUCUUUUUUUUUCUUUUUUUCUUUUUUUUUUAGUGAGGCAAGUGGGGUUAAGUGACUUGGCCAGGGUCACACAGCUAGUAAGUGUUAAGUGUCUGAGGCCAGAUUUGAACUCAGGUAUUCCUGACUCCAGGGCCGGUGCUUUAUCCACUGCGCCACCUAGCUGCCCCGAAAUUGUUAUAUUUUCAAUGUGAGCAUUUAUGCCUCAGAGUUGGGCAUUGGCUCCAAUCAGGGCUUGAUUAUGGUUUUGUUGAUUGUCUAAACUUAAGGAAGUGUUAAUAAUGCAGAUUAAAUUUUAAAACAUAACUGUAUACUCCCAGCAUCCACCCCCUGCCCUGUAGUUAAACAUUUACCAGCACACCCCUGAGUUGAGUCGCCUUUCCACCUAUUCUCCAGUCUAAAAGCUAAGUCCUUGAUCUGGACUCACAGAUCUUUGUACUUUUGAAAAAAAUCUUCUCCUUCAUUUCCUCAUUCUCUCCCUCUGAGCUGCUGGUAUUAACUUACACCUGACCAUCACCUGCCCAUUCUUGACAAAACCCUCAUGCCUUAAUCAUACCAGAGAGAGGCUCUUAUCAACUUUACAGCUUAGCCUCAAAUUUACCAGAUCUGGAAACUUAGGAGUAGCCACUGUUGGAAAUUGUUUUGCCUGGGCGCCAGUGCUAUGGAAACUGAAGGAAGCAGACAUAGAACUAGGGUGGGACAGUCAGGACUUCCACCAGGACACUGAAUUUAGAGAGCUUACAGCACUUGCAUUCAUUAUUAUAAAAACAGCAGAGCUAAGCAACCUCAUUGGCAGGAAUAAUUAGUUCAAAUGAAAACCUACCAGUCGGUGGGUUGGUGUGAGCUGUCUUCCCCCUCCCCCAUCCCCACUCUCACCCCCACCCCAUUGCCCCAGUGCAAAAUAUAAAGCCAUUAGUUCUAGUUCUGGAAAAGAGUAAAAGUGGCAUAAGGCUUGCUAGGCCACCGGCCUACUCGAUUCACCUUUUGUGUAUUGAAUGUGUGUUUGUUUAAAGUGUGACUGUCUGCCUUAAUAUCUUUCACCUAAUCUGGAAAUGUGAUUAAACUGAUUGAUUUUCUUUUUUUAA